AAGUUCUUUGUUGUUAUUACGUCAUAUUAAAAGUUAAGUUGUUGUGGUCAAUUGAAAAUUGCGGCUAACCUUGCAAGUGUAAAUCUGUUGUGCAAUUAAUCUCAUAAUACGAUAUCAAAAUGCCAUUCUUGUCAGAACCGUGCGACCGUUCGAACGAUAAUGAAUGUAUUCCAAAUGUUUAACUGGAUUGUUGAAAAAACUCUUCCAUCUCUUGAUGGUGCUAGUGAAAAUGUACGGUAGCGGAUCGUCCGUUGAUUCGAGCGACGCCGGUUACAGUUUUCGAUCGUUUAAAUUUGAGGAAAUUGUGCCCAGCCAAAAGAAACAUGUGCCACAUCCAAGAAGUGGUCAUCGAAUUGGUGCAGAUUCCUCCAACUUCUACAGCUUCGGUGGAUACAAUCCCACAAUCACCAACAGCGACAAUCUAGAUGCUGAGGAUGACGGUUUCCUUGUGUGGUCCUAUCCACUGUUCCAGGAGUUGUGGAAGUUCAAUUAUGCUUCUAGACAGUGGACCAAAUUUAAGAUCUCCGAGACAUUGCCAUUGGAACUUGCUUCCAAUGCACUCCUGCUUCACAAGAAUUACUUGAUGGUAUAUAUAUGUGUUUAUGGAGGUACAGGCUCUCCCUUUGGAUUUCGAUGUAGUAACCAGUUGUACGUGUGUCGGGUGACCGAAGAAAAUGAUCCGAUGGUGGAAAUCCAGACUUCCGGACAAUUACCUCUUCCCCUUUACGGACAAGCUCUGGUCCAUCAUAAUGACUAUUUGUAUACGAUUGGCGGAACCACCGGUCUGUCAUAUUCUUGCAAUAUCCACAGGUUAAACAUGAAAACAACUACUUGGGAAAUAGUAUACAUUUGCAGUGGUAAGGGAGACUAUGAGCCUGAAGGUCGUUACAGGCACGAAGUUAGUUUUGACGGAAAACAAAUCUAUGUACUCGGCGGUGGUACCGCGGAUUUAGCAUACGAUCUGCAAUACGUGCCCGCCUUUAAUCUGGAGAAAAAAAUAUGGAAUAAACUGUCAACUUUCAGAGACAGAAACAAAGGUUACCCAGCACCAAGGAGAUGUCACGGUGCCGUCCAAAUUGACACAGACACAGGAGUCCAAGUGUUUAUAACUGGUGGACAUGAUGGUGAAAAUGUUUUUAAUGACUUAUGGAAAUUGGAUCUCAAAACUAUGCAGUGGACUUGCUUUGAUUUUUGCCAAUUGCCCAUAAGUACUUACUUUCACGAUGCUGCAGUAUCCCCUGAGGGUAAACUGUAUGUGUUUGGGGGCAUAAAUAGUAUUGACGACGAAGUAGUGAGGAGCAAUACCAUUUAUUCCACCUGGUUGUGUAUACCAAAGUUGAGCGAGAUGUGCUGGGAGGCUGUUCUGCAUUAUAGUCCGCAUAUUGUAAAUUGUAAAAGUGAUGAUCUUAUUAAUAUAGGAUUACCUAGACAUUUUGUACAACGGCUGGGUAAAAAGUAAGGAGUGAUUGAUGAUUGGACUGUAUUAUUACCUAGGCAUUUUGUACACAGGCUAGGUAUGAAUGAAUGAUUGAAAUUAUAUGUUUUGUUGUCUUGAGCAAUAAUAACUUUAUUACA